AUGGUGGGCAAGUCCGCACGCUUGCGUUCUGGCCGCAUUCCAACGGGAGGUGAAGGCGACAGUAUCAGGAAUGAGAGCGGCGACGCGAGCGGCGAGCAGGGCGGCAUGAUGCCGGGCGAGCUGGUGGAGUCGAUCGAGACGUUCAUCCGCCACCACGCGGAUCUCGCUGACGACUCCGUCACAGCAUUGGCUAACGUGGCCUAUUUCCUGUUCGCCAUGUCAGAGCUCACUCACCAUCCGCUCGCUCCACACAUUCCCAGGGGUCUGCGGCAGCGCAUGGCUCAGGUGGUGCGCAGCUCCAAGGAGGGGCUGCUGGUGUGGCGCGCUGCCUCCCUGCUCGCCCUCACUGAGGCCUCUGGGGGCAACGAGGCGUGGCAGCCCAACAUCGGCUACGACGCGCCCACACCAUCCCGCAGGCAGAUGAGCCUUGCUUCCCUCUUUUCUGCAGCAGCCAAGGCAGUGACAGCUAUGCAGCAAGGCAGUAGUGAUGCAGACGAUGCUGACGUGGAGGCUGACGUGGAUGCUGACGUGGAUGCUGACGUCAAGGCUGAUGUGGACGCUGGCAGGGGCGGGGAGAAGAAAAGCGAAGAGGCCACGGAAGUGGAGGGGGAUACAAAGGAAGAGAAGCAAGUGGAAGGUGAACGGAAAGAAGAGGAAGCUGCCAGGAAGGAUCAGCUCGUGAGCGAAGGGAGGACUGAAGGGGUUGAGAUAGAAGAGGAUGGGAAAGAAGGGGGAGAGGAGGACGGUGUGGAGGAAGUGAGGGUUUCAAGGGGAGCGGGUAGAGGGAGGGGGAAGAAGAGGCGGGGGAGGGGGGGACGGGCAGGUGCGGCUGGGCGGAGGGUGCGGGGGAAGCGGGGUGCUGAGGGGGAGAAGGGGGAGAACGAGGGGAGGGUGAGUGGGGGUGCGGAUGAUGAGGGAGUGAGUGAGAUGGAGAUGGUGGGGGAAGGGGGUGAUGAUGAAGUGUUGGAGGUUAGUGGGAGUGAGAUUGAGGAGGUGAAGGGGAGUGUGGUGGAGAGUGGUGUGGUAGCGUCUAGUGGUUUGGAAGUGGCACGGAGUGAGCAAGUGAAAGAGAGUGAGAAAGUGAAAGGGGACGAGGAAGUGACGGAGUGUGUGGAAGUGAAGGAGAGUGAAGGAGGGAGAGAGAGUGAGGAAGGAGUGGAAGAGGUGAGGGACCUUACAGUGGAGGAUUCAAGCUGCAACCAUCAUGCUGCAGAGCGCUCAGGGGAGGUACAGCUGGUGAAGGUGGCACCUGGGGCAGUCAGCAGUGCUCAGCCAGUGAACACCAGAGUGCUGAGGUCACAAGGCAAUAGAGGGGUGUCGAGUGCGGUGGAAAGAGGUGCUGGAGAGUCACACGGGGGAGCAGUAGCGGGCGGAACGGGGACAGAUGGAAGGGGGGGUGGAGGGGUGCGGAAGAAAGCAGGGGGAGUGGAAGAUGCAGAGCAGGAGGAAGCUGCGGCUGACGAGGCCUUGUGCCAGGUAAAGCACGCCACGUGCCAUGUGCCAGUCACUGGCAUCGUGCCGGCUGCUGCUGCUCAUAAUCGAUGCUCUUUUGAGGGACUUCCACCACCACCGCCAGAAGCUUCUCGUGACUCGAUGCAAUCCUUCCGUUGUCCACCCCUCCUCCCCCACCCUUCCUUCCUACCCUCCACUCUUGCUCCCUCCCUUGGCAAAUCCUUUACUUCCCUCUGCCGUGCCACUGCCACUGCAGCGUCUCUUUCCAAGUAUCAGCGCAUGGAGUCAAUCAAGUCAACGCUGCUCUUCCGAUUCCUCCAGGGCCAGGGUCCCCUAGGGAUGGAGCAGCUGUGGGAGAGCGUAGUGGCUCUUGUGUUUGCAUGUGCUGGGGAGGAGGAAGAGGAGGAAGGGGAGGAAGAAGAGGAGGGAGAGGAAAAGGAUAGCGAGGAGGUAGGGCAGGAGAGUAAAGGAGGGGGGGAGGACAAGAGAGAACGAGAAAACGAGAGAGAAGAGAAGGACGGAGAAGGGGACGGUGCAGAGCUAGGGAGAAAGAGAAAGCAUGCUAGGAAGGGGGUUGAAGGCGACAAGGAGGAGAAGCAGGACGAGGAGGGAGAAGGAGUGAAGAACGAAUCCCGUGGCGAAGCGAGGGAAGAAGACGAAGGUCGAGGGGGAGGGUCAGAGGGAACGGAGGGAAAGGAGGAAGUGGAGGGAAAGGAGGGAGUGCAGGGAGCAGUGCAGGGAGCAGUGCAGGGAGCAGUGCAGGGAGCAGUGCAGGGAGCAGUGCAGGGAGCAGUAGAGCCGAAGGAGGUGAAGCGUGAGUGUGUGCGGAGGCCACGUGCAUGUGUCGCUCCCAAUCGCCUGGAGCUGGCUCGAGCAGCUCAGCUGCUGCUGGGCGCUGUGUUGGAUCUCCACGGUAUCAUAGCGGACAACGAUGGGUACCGCAGAGCACGGAAUGAGAAGGAGGCGUUGGAGGAUCGACUGGUGAGGCUCUUCGCAUUGGAGCCCAGCGUGGCCAAGAAGAGCUUCUUUAUGCAGACCAUGGUGGAUCCAUGUCACAAGUAUCAUCUCAUCGUUCUCCUCUUCUCUCGCUUCGGCCCUGUCAAGCUGAGGGCAUCCCUGGCAGCAGACCCCAGGGGGGUGGGGGUGGGCAAGACAACCCUGCCGGCUCUCCUGCAGCACCUGGGGUGCAGCAACGUGCCUCAGCUCUCCAAGGGCUCUCAGAUCAAACGAGACCUGCUGGCCGUGCUGCUGUGCCACGCCUGCCAGGCGUACUUUGACCUCAAUCCAAACGCCAUACUUGAGUCGCUGCAAGUACAAAAGCCCUCUGCAGGGGGCAAGAGGUCGAACAGGAAGAAGGCGGCGCCAGCAGCAGGCGAGGCUGCAUCAGCGGAGGCAGCAGCAGCAGGGGAAGCAGCAGCAGCAGCACCGACGUCCAUGUGCGACAUGAUAGCAGAUGCCGCACGUGCCUGUCCUUCCACGUAA